AUCUUAAAAAUCAGAUAAAAAUUUUGUGUCUUAACUGAAUAUUUAUCAAAAUUUCUGCUGACAUCCAUGGUUCUGUUCUUUGUUUAAUACAAAUUUCUUUAAGAGUGUAACCCUGUCAAGAAUAUCCAUAAAAAUUUCUUUAAAAAAUGACGAGGCCUCGUUUAUGUCUGAGGCACUGAAACACUUUUCCCAUUUUGCUUUAGUAAGCUUAGCUAUAAACUCAUCUUUAUCAUAUGAUUUCACAGAUCUGACUUUAACAUUAUUGUGCUUAUUAUAUACAGAUUUUGCUAAUUUUCUAGUACAAUAUAUCAUACAAUGAUCACUGAAACCAAUAUUUAAUACACCAGACUUACAGAUUUUCUCAGUAUUAUUACAUAAAAUAUGAUCUAUUACAGACGCUGUAAAUUCUGUAAUUAUUGUUGCUCUUUAAUAAUUUGACUUAAAUUAAACAAUUUUAAAAGCUCAUUGAAAGAUUUAUACAGUGAUCCACUCUGAUCUUUAAAACAUAUGUUCAGGUCACCAAGUAAUAUAAUUUCACAGUCCUCUCUUAGCUGAGACAAGAAUUUUUCAAAUUUCUCAACAAAAUUACAAUUUUGAGGGGGUCGAUAACAAGUCCCUACAAAAAUUGGUUUAGAUUUUGGUAAUAAUAAUUCAAUACACAAAAAUUCAUCAUUAUUGUUUAUUUCGUCCAAAUUUAUUGGUGUAAACGCAAGGUUUUCUUUAAUGUACAUACAUACAUACACCACCUCCACAUCUGUUGCGGUCUUUUCUGAGGAAUCUGGAUAGUCUAUCCAGGGUUAGCCUCUGUAUUGGUUAUCGUUUCAUCAAACCAGGUCUCGGUAACAGAUAUCACUGCUGCUUUUGUUUUAAACUCAAUAGUCUGUAGUUCUGGAAUUUUUGUAAGUAACAAGCGGGCAUUCAGGUGGAUAAAGUGCAUUCCCUUCUGGAAACCUUUAACGAAAUUUUUAUAAUUUAUCUAUUUUCUUUACAACAACAAACUUCCUUAUAAAAACCUAGAAAGUUUCCUCGUCUGUGUACUUAUCUAUUGUUGAAACAGAUUGAAUAAAUUGUACACUAGUAAAACAGGUAAAUUAUUAAUCAAGACAAUUUCAUUAAUUAAAUACCUCGUUUUAGUUCACAGUAAUCGUUCGUUGUAGUAUAACCUGUUUCCAUUUCACGGGUCAUUGAUCAAUUAUGCAUUAACCUUAUUGUAUUGCCAUGAACAGAAUUACGGAUACUAGUCCUACUAGAAGCUUGGAGCAGAUAUGUACUAUUCUUUGCUCUGUGGAUUGUAUUUGUAUAUUUAUCCUGUAUAUGCCUCGGAGUCCAGUAACGGUCUGCCAGGAACAACAUAUAAAAAAUGGACUUGGACCAAAUGGUUUGAUACAGAUUCAGGAGAACGUGAAACAGAAACCUAUGAGUCCAUUGUAGCGAGAGGUUGGAACAUUUGUCGUGGUGGAAAACUUAUAGGAUGUGAAUGUAAACGAGAUGACACAAAAGAAAUUCUGUCCAAUGGCGAUUUCUUUAAUACCUCUCAUAUACUCGGUACUGAUCUACAGUGUAAACUAAAUGGAAUCGAGUGUCAUAAUAUUCUAUGUAUGAACUUUGAAGUCCGCUUUUUAUGUGAAGAACAAUCAAAUGCAACUGCUCAAAACCCAAACUCAAGAAGAGGCGAGUUCUCCAGUGUAGACUGCUCAUGUGAAUGCCACAAAAUAGAUAAUUGCAUAGCUUCUGGUUUUAGGGGGGAUUCACGGUUUGAAUCUAAUGAUGAUUAUUCAAGUACAAAUGCAGCGUAUAUUCACGACAACGAAACAAAUGAUAAUACUGGAAGCAGAGCAAGGACAACUAGCAUUUCUAUAAACGUAAUCAGUGGAGCAUGCAUCGAAACUCCGCCUCCUACUUACUCAGAGGCCUUAGUUAUUUUGAAAAGGACAGAAGGUUUGGAUGCAACACAUUUGUGAGGGAAAUACAGAAUGUUAAAAAUAGAUAUACACAAAACAUACCAGAUAUAUCAGUUUUGAAAUAACACUCUAUUGGACGAUUGAAAAGUUCAAAUUAAAAAAUAUUCAGUCACAUAUAUCACGAAUGUUUAUAGUAAUGGUUCGAACAAACUUUUUUGAAAAGACAUUAAAUUUGCGGCUAAAAUAUGUAGUUUGUAGUCAAUUUCAAUAUCUAAUUUUGACACCGACGUCUGACAUAGAUUGUUGUUUAAUAUUUAGAAAUUAUUCAUCUAUAUAUUUAUAUAGAAAUGUU